AGAGAGCUCAUAUAAGACGUGGUGGCCGAGCGGUUCGAAACAGUCUUCCGCCGCCGCUCGACGCGCUCGAAUAUCGGGCAUUUACAGAUCGGAGAUACCGCAGAGCCACAACCUCGAUGGGCGUCAUCUACAAGAUACUCAAGCAGCAACGCAGCAUGGAUCUCAGCCUGAGCUCGGCCACCAGGUGCAAGGUGCAGGCGGCCAUCAAGCAGCGCCAGCAGCAGCGCCGCCUGGAGGAUCACAUGGUGGAGGUGCGGGACCAGGAGCCGGAGCAGGAUCAGAGCCAGAGUCACAUCGAUAAGGAUAAGGAGGAGCUGGCCGAGCAGCAGUUGCAGCAGCUUUGCAGAUUUCUUGCCGAGAAUGCGGCGCGGAAAAAGAACUCUAUACCAACAUUUCGCCUCCAGCGUCAGCGUUUCAAGCUGCAGUACCAAUGCAAUCUGGCUGUCGAUCAGGAUAACGAUCAGGAGCAGAUGCCGGAGAAGGAGCACGAGAUGGACCUGGCGUUCAUAGAGCAGCUGCAGCAAUCCUCGCCCGCCAAGUCCCACGGAGCAACUGGGCAGGCGCCACGUGAUAGCAUCCUGCUGAAGAUUCGCCACCAGAUCUUCGAGAGAAAGCGGCAGCGGCAGCGCCAGCUGGCGGAGCUGGUGCAGCAGCGAAUGGUGGUGUGGCGACCUUGGUAGGGGGAUUCUCCCACGCCUAGGAGAAUGAGAGAGAUAGAUAGAUAGGGGGGAGAGA